UCAAAGCAAUCACACGAAUCCAAACCGCCGAGAUGGCGAAAUCGAGCGCCGACGACGACGAGCUCCGCCGCGCCUGCGAGAAUGCGAUCGACAACACCAAGCAGAAGAUUGUGCUGUCGAUGAGGGUGGCCAAGACAACCGGCGUGUGGAAUAAAGCCGGCAAAUUGGGGCGCGGCAGCGCCAUGGCCAAGCCUCGCGUUCUCGCAAUUUCAGUGACGACGAAAGGUAAAAGGACGAAAGCAUUUCUCCGGGUCCUGAAAUAUUCUAAUGGAGGUGUUCUUGAGCCUGACAAAUUGUACAAGUUGAAGCAUCUUUCGAAAGUGGAAGUUGUAUCCAAUGACCCCAGUGGAUGUACUUUCAUACUGGGUUUUGAUAACCUUAAAAAUCAAAGUAUUGCCCCACCUCAGUGGAUGAUGCGCAAUGUUGAUGACAGGAAUCGUAUUCUGCUUUCCAUUUUAAAUAUCUGCAGGGAUUCGGGUGAUCUUCCUAAAGUUGUUGGCAUAGACAUUGUAGAGAUGGCUCUUUGGGCUAAGCAAAACACUCAAGUAAUUCCUAAGCCACAGCAGACAACCUUUCAAGAAGGGUUUACUCCAGUUGGCAUCACAGAAACUGACAUGCAAGUGACAGUCGAAAAGGAACUAGUGUCUCAAGCUGAAGAAGAGGACAUGGAAGCUCUCCUAGAUACUUACGUCAUGGAUAUUGGUGAAGCAGACGCGUUUUCUGAACGGUUGAAGCGAGAGCUUCAAGCUUUAGAAGCUGCAAAUGUUCACGCAAUCAUGGAGAACGAGACUUUGAUACAUCAGGUACUGCAUGGGAUUGAUGUAGCUAGUACCUGUGUCGAGGAUAUGGAUGAAUGGCUAUGCAUGUUUAAUAUAAAACUAAGGCACAUGAGAGAGGACAUUGAGUCGAUUGAAGCGGGUAAUAACAGGCUCGAAAUGCAGUCAAUGAAUAAUAAUUCCUUAGUUGAGGAACUUGACAAGCUUCUCGCUAAACUGCGUAUGCCUCCUGAGUAUGCAGCUUGUCUUAUGGGAGGUUCAUUUGACGAAUCAAGCAUGUUUGACAACAUGGAAUCGUGUGAGUGGCUAGGAAGUGCUUUAUCGUCUCUCGAAGAGCCCAACUUGGAUCCUUGCUUUGCAAAAAUGAGAGCUGUUAAAGAGAAACAUUCAGAACUCGAAAAUAUGAAAAGCACAUAUGCUCGAAGAGCAUGUGAAUUCUUGAAGAAAUAUUUUACGGGUUUGGUGGAUUUCAUGUUAAAUGAUAAGACCUAUUUCUCUCAGGUUGGGCAACUGAAGAAGCCCGAUCAUGCAGAUCUGCGUUACAAAAGUAGGACAUAUGCUCGCCUUUUGCAACACCUGAAGAGUCUUGACAAAAAUUUCUUGGUCCCUUUACGGAGAGCAUACUGCAGCUCGAUGAAUAUGCUUCUAAAGCGGGAGGCUCGUGAGUUUGCAAUCGAGCUUCGCGCUAGUGUAUUAUUACCGAGGAACCCAAUUGUAUGGCUAGAUGGUGCUUUAAGUGCUAAUCAAAGUACUUAUGAAGACACUUCUACUAUAUCUGAAGUCUAUACAUUAAUGCUCACAGUUUUCAUCCCGUGUCUUGCCGAUGAGUGUUCCUUCUUUGCACAAUUCAUGUGCUUCGAACUCCCACCUCCUGCUCCUGCUCCUGCUCCUGCUCCUGCAGAAGAUGAUAAUAACAGUAAUAAUGAUGCCGUUGACAAGGGAAAUGCGGGUAAGCCAACAUUGGAUAUGGGGGCGUUGAAUGAAUGUCUUCAGGAGUUGCUCGAUGGUUUGCAGGAAGAGUUCUUUGGUCUGAUUGACUGGGCUUAUAAGAUCGAUCCUCUUCGUUGUAUAUCUAUGCACGGGACUACUGAACGUUAUCUUUCUGAUAAGAAAUUCGAUCAAUCAGGGUUUGUGCAUAUGUUACUUGACGACAUGGAAAGCAGAAUCGGUAUGCUAUUUAGUCGUUUUGUUGAUGAUAUUUGCCGCCAAAUUGAAAAAAAUGAGAAGAAUCUUCGACAGGUCGGAGUGCUGUCAUAUAUACCAAGGUUUGCUGUUCUUGCCACUCGUAUGGAGCAGUACGUCCAAGGGCAAUCGAGGGAUUUGGUUGAUCAGGCUUACACAAAACUCGUCACUAUAAUGUUCGUGACGUUGGAUAAAAUUUCUCAAGGGGAUGCAAAAUACACAGACGUCUUGCUCUUAGAAAAUUAUGCAGCUUUUCAAAACAGUGUUUAUGAACUGGCCAACAUCGUUCCCACUCUAGCGAAAUUCUACCACCAAGCAAGUGAAGCUUACGAACUAGCUUGUACACGCUUUAUAACUACAAUCAUAUACUAUCAAUUCGAAAAGCUCUUCAAUUUUGCGCGUAAAGUAGAGGAUUUGAUCACCUCAAUCAACCCAGAAGAGAUACCUUUCCAACUUGGGGUGUCGAAAUCUGACCUCCGGAAGGUCAUAAGAUCAAAUUUAUCCGGGGUUGACAAGUCGGUCGCUGCAAUGUACAAGAAAAUGCAGAAGAAUCUGACCUCCUCUGAGGAAUUGUUGCCUUCAUUAUGGGACAAGUGCAAGACUGAGUUUCUUGAUAAAUACACUGUGUUUGCUCAGUUAGUAGCAAAGGUAUAUCCAGCUGAGAAUGUUCCAGGUGUACCAGAAAUGAGAGACAUAUUGGCUUCCAUGUAGUGAAUAUUAUUAUUAUUAUUUAUUUUUAAUUUAUGUGUAGUCUCUUUGAUUUUAAAGUUUCAUUUAUUCAUUAAUUUCAUUAGUUUUGUUGAAA